ACACACACGCUCCGCCACAGCCUGCAGCUGCAUUGACGGUAAACAGAGCAAGGUAGCGCAUGGACAGACAGCAGGGAAUUAUUCCACAUCGCAUCAAAUCACUGAGCAUCCAUGGCGUCCUCACACAACGAGCCAUGAAUGUAGUGUGCAGGCUGACGGCGUAGCCGCCAAUUCUUUUUUUUCUUUUCUUUUUUUUUUUGCAGCCAUCAUUCUUUGCGUCGGUGUGCAUCAGCGAGGACGAUUCAGCGCACAUUGCUACAGUAGGUAUUUUUUUUGGAUCAAGACGAUGGAUGUGGGCUCAUCCGGAUCUAUUCCUGCAAAUACGGCGGACGGGCGCGAUUUUUUAUUCCAAACGCAUCCCCAUCUUCCUUAUGUUGCAAGGUGUCUUUGAAAAAGAGUUUACGGAUCUCUGGAGGAAAUGAGAAGACAGGUCUAUUUUGACUCACGUCUGUCGAGAUGGAGGCGUCAUUAAGAAGACCUGUACAUUCAAGAUCAAAAGCACCUCAUUAGAUCAUUAAGGAUCAUUGUUAAUCUGCGUAAAAGCAAAGGGACAUCUCUUAGCUGUGACCUGCAAAAACAAAUUGUGUCUAUGAGCGCUGAAUCACAAAGAAGAUUGAUCCCACCGUCGACCCAAUGUAGGAUCUGCUCCUUCCGAUGCCCACAACCUCUACUUUUGCUUGGAUUUCAACAUUCAGUCAAAUCCACCAGGACAGAGUAUGCCAUCUGCACCUAUUCACAGAAUCCUACGACCCCUUCUGCUCGGCACAUUCAUACUGGGAUGUUUUGUGACUCUGUUUUUGAUGUAUUUUAAACCAUCUACCAGCUGGUUAUCAGGUCCUGUAGAGUCAACAGUAUCCACAGACCGGGUCAAAAACCUCUUCUCCAUCAAGAACGAUAAAAACGUGACCACCGUGCUGAUAUGGCUCUGGCCCUUCGGACAAACCUACGACCUGGGCGUAUGCAGCUCCCUCUUCAACAUCGAGGGCUGUUUCAUCACAGCGGACAGAAACCUCUACAACAAGUCGGACGGGGUCGUCAUCCAUCACCGAGACAUCUGCACGGACCUGUCCAACCUGCCGCCGCUCCAGCGACCGUCCUUCCAGAAGUGGAUAUGGAUGAACCUGGAGUCGCCGUCGCACUCCUCCCAGCUGCCUGGGAUCGAGAACUUGUUCAAUCUGACUCUCAAUUACCGUCAGGAUGCUGACGUGGAAGUGCCUUAUGGGUCGAUCGUAGCAGCGGAGGGUGAGGAGGACUUUGUCCCACCCAGCAAAAACAAGCUGAUCUGCUGGAUUGUGAGCAACUGGAACCAGGACCACGUGCGGGUCAAAUACUACAAUGAGCUGUACAAGCACAUUGAGGUUCACGCGUAUGGACAAGCCUUCGGGGAGUACAUCUCUGACCAAGACUAUUUCCCCACCAUUGCCAGCUGCAAGUUCUACCUGGCUUUUGAGAACUCCAUCCACAAGGACUACAUUACUGAAAAACUGUACAACCCGCUCUCUGUGGGGACAGUGCCAGUGGUUCUGGGCCCGGCCAGGCAGAACUAUGAGAACUUUAUCCAGGGAGACGCCUUCAUCCACGUGGACGACUUCACCUCGCCCAAGGAGCUGGCCGAUUACCUGCUGCUCUUGGACAAGAACGAGGAAAUGUACCUCAGGUACUUUGAGUGGAGGAGGCACUUUAAAGUGAAGAAGGCCUAUUUUUGGGCAGAGCACACAUGUCUGGCAUGUGAUUACCUGCGUAGGCACAAGGAGUACAAGGCAUUCAAUAACCUUGACAAGUGGUACUGGGGCGGAUAGUGCUUUGAGGGCUAUGCAGUGCUUGUUUUGUUGUUGAAGGCAGUGCUUUAAGAUAUCUUUCCUUCGGUUAACAUGAAGGUUCAUUACUGUUCUGUCCAGAGCUCCCGAAUGAUGUUUUUCUAUUGGUUCAGUGGCCCACUGAGACAUCCGUCUUGUUUAUUUUAUUUGCAAGCCAAUUUUGCCAAGCCUUACUUUGCUUUUUGUGUUAUUCAUGUAUUAAGUAUUUGUUAAUGAAUUACAAAUGCACUACAUGUUUUAUCGUUAAUUUAACCCAUGUUUUGCUUAACAUGACAUUUGCUGCUAUUUUUUAUGUUUUUAAUUCCUAUCAUUUGUAUGAUUGCUUGAAUGUAUGGAUGUUCUUUUAUUACAGAUUAACAUUCAUGGUGCAAGGUUGUUGUUCAUUUCUUUAAGUAUCGUCUUUUCAUGAAGCGGACGCUGGAACAGUGUUGGCUGCAGGAGGAGAUUAACAUAGAAAGCGCAAAUAUUUAUGUAAUAUUUAUUCAAGUGAGGCAUUAUAUGAUAAAACAAUCUCAUCUGUGCUAGUGAUACGGUCACCUAUGCAGUGUUUACUGAACUCAAAUGUGAAAGUAGUUCAAUUGUGUCAUGUACAUAUUGUGUAUUUUUGGAAUUAUGUAGCUGUCAUAUUUUCUCCAUAUUUUUGUAAGUUUGCUUUUGCACUGCUAAUCCAACUGUUACCUAUCUUUACAUAAUGUACAGUAAAACAGACGGAUAUAGUGUUACGUGGUCGUAGAUGGCACACGGUAAUCAUUACCCCGGUAGUCUCCGACAGCAGAUGUGUCUCUGCUCUGGGAGAGGGAGGUUACUAUUUUAAUCAUGUUGUGAAUUGUUCAUUGUCACAUGUGAUGUGUCAGCACAGUUAGAUUGUGUAUGGAUGAUGAUAGUACAGUACAGUACAGGGACAAUGUACUGCAAUAUGUAACUCCUAGACACUUCAUUAUGCAUUCUGAUUUGAAAUCUGUAAUUGAAGAAGGAGAGUGACGUAAAACAGCACAAAAUGAACAUUACUGAAUUUUUAUUUCAGUCAUCUGACAAUGUGACACUAACUAUUUACACUGAUGUUUUCAACUAUUUCAGGAGACGUUACCUUUACUGUAUGGGUGAAGUGGUUGUGAAUUAGAUAAUAUCAGAUCAAGUGAGAUCUACCCACAUGUCUGGGACCUGUUAAAAAAAAAGUGAAAGCUGUGAAAUUUUCAAGAUUAUCCAUAUACUUGUCUUUGAAUAAUCACACAGCAGUGUUGUGUGGGCAGCAUGCGAAAGAUAUUG